GCAGGAGCGGGACCCGGCGGCGGCGGCGGCGGUGAGUGAGUCGGACGCAGGAGCCGGGCCAGCGAACCAUGGAGCUGUAUUUCGGUGAAUAUCAACACGUGCAGCAGGAAUACGGUGUCCACCUGAGACUCGCAAGUGAUGAAACCAAAAAAUUAAGGAAUUCCCCGCACCCUAAGCCAGGCUCCUAUGGUGUCAGUAUUCGGGUACAAGGAAUCGAUGGCCACCCCUACAUCGUCCUGAAUAACACAGAGCACUGCCUGCCAGGCACAUCUUUUUCUGAAAACGGGCCAUCCUUUCCACCUCCGGUGGUAAACAGCCUGCCUGUGCAUCCCAGCAACGGGGCUGGGCUACAAGAAGACAGUGCAGAAGAAUCGCAGCUUCCGGAAAACCCGUAUGCCCAGCCCACCUCAGGGAAAACCCUGAAGCAACCUUCUCCCUUCGAGGGCAAGAAUGGAGUUCUGGAAUGCAAAGAGGGGCCAGUGACGCCAUCCCACGUGCUGAACUCCCAGAGGCACCCAGAGCUUUUGCAGCCCUAUGAUCCUGAGAAGAGCGAGUCGAACGUUCGGCAUCACCAGCCUCCUCAGAGCAAUUGGCUAAAAACCUUAGCCGGAGAAGGUACUCACAAGAAGGGUUGGACUUGCUUUCCCAAACCUAGUGGUCCCCAGCCUACCAGCCUCUCUUUGGAGGACCUGGCCAAAUCCAACGUGACGGCCAUUCGUUUAUGCAGCUCGGUGGUCAUAGACGACCCCAAGAAGCAGACCUCGGUGUGCGUGAACGUGCAGAGCUGCGCCAAGCCGGGGCUGGCAGAGGAGGUCCUUUCCCCUAGCGGGAGAACCCCCCCUGCCCACAGCCCACACACCCACUCCGAAACCAAGAAAACCAGGCCAGACGUGCUUCCCUUCCGGCGACAGGACUCAGCGGGUGCCAUCCUGGACGGAGGCCGCUCUCGGAGAUCCUCCUCCUCAUCCACAACGCCCACUUCGGCCAACUCCUUGUACCGGUUCUUACUUGACGAUCAGGAAUGUGCCAUCCAUGCUGACAAUGUGAAUCGUCACGAAAACAGAAGGUACAUCCCCUUCUUGCCAGGAACGGGGCGGGAUAUUGAUACAGGAUCCAUUCCUGGCGUGGAUCAGUUAAUUGAAAAAUUUGACCAGAAACCUGGGCUGCAGAGAAGGGGAAGAUCUGGGAGGAGAAACAGAAUCAACCCAGAAGAUCGGAAGAGGUCCCGAAGCGUGGACAGUGCCUUUCCUUUCGGUCUCCAGGGGAGCUCGGAGUACCUCAGCGAAUUCAGCAGGAACCUGGGCAAGUCCAGCGAGCACCUGCUGCGCCCCUCCCAGGUGUGCCCACCGCGGCCCGCGGCCCAGGAGCACCGGCGGAAACAGAGCGCCGGCCGCGCCUCCGCCAGGCCGCAGGCAGCCCACCCCAGGCCUCCCCAGCAGAGCAAAGACGGGAAAGUUCUAGAAAGCAAAGGUGGUCAGGAAGGGAUACCCUCGUGUGCACCCUCUCUCCCAGCACAGAAUAAGAAGGAGGAAGAAAUCAAAACAGCCACUGCCACGCUGAUGUUGCAGAGUUGGGGGCUCGCGACUUCACCUGACUCGGGGGCCAAGAAGAUUUCUGUGAAGACAUUUACUUCCACCUCAAAUACUCAGGCCACACCGGAUCUGUUAAAAGGCCAGCAAGAGCUCACUCAGAAAACCAAUGAGGAGACGGCCAAGCAGAUACUUUACAAUUACCUCAAAGAAGGGAGCACCGAGAAUGAUGAUGCCACGAAAAGGAAAGUCAACCUGGUCUUUGAGAAAAUCCAGACUUUAAAGUCUCGAGCAGCAGGGAGCACACAGGGAAGUAACCAAGCUUCUAAUUCUUCAUCUGAAGUCAAAGAUCUAUUGGAACAGAAAAACAAGUUGACCACAGAAGUGGCUGAACUUCAGAGACAGCUUCAACUAGAAGUCAAGAAUCAACAGAAUAUCAAAGAAGAGAGAGAGAGAAUGAAAGCAAACUUGGACGAGCUCCAGAGCCAACACGACAGUAAGGUGAACGAGAACUCCCUGCUGCAGCAGCGCCUGGAAGAGAGCGAAGGGGAGCUCCGGAAAAAUCUGGAGGAGCUGUUUCAGGUGAAGAUGGAACGGGAACAGCACCAGACUGAGAUCAGGGAUCUCCAGGACCAGCUCUCAGAAAUGCACGAUGAAUUGGACAGUGCUAAGCGAUCCGAGGACAGGGAGAAGGGGGCUCUGAUUGAGGAACUCUUACAGGCCAAACAGGACCUUCAGGACCUGCUGAUCGCCAAAGAGGAGCAGGAAGACCUCUUGAGGAAGCGGGAGCGUGAACUCACCGCCCUGAAGGGAGCCCUGAAGGAGGAGGUGUCCAGCCACGACCAGGAGAUGGAGAAGCUGAAGGAGCAGUAUGACACCGAGCUGCAGGCCCUGAGGGAGAGUGUGGAGGAAGCCACCAAGAAUGUUGAGGUCCUGGCCCGUCGGAACAGCACCUCACAGCAAACCCAGAUGGGGGCCGAGGUGCAGGUGAAGGCUCUGGAGGAGGAGAACGAGAGGCUGCGGGGAAGCCGUGGCGAGCUGGAGCAGAGCGUUGCUCGGCUUCAGAGGCAGAUUGCUGACCUGCACGGCGAUGAAGCCAAAGCGAAGGACACCCUCAAGAAGUACGAGGGGGAAAUGCGGCAGUUGGAGGAGGCCCUCGUGCGUGCAAGAAAGGAAGAAAAAGAAGCCAUGGCAGCCAGAAGGGCCCUGGAGAGUGAGCUGGAAGAUGCUCAGAGAAAUCUGAGCCGGGCUACCCAGGAGCAGAAGCAGUUGACUGAGAAGCUAAAAGAUGAGACCGAGCAGAAGGAGCAAUUAAGGAGACUGAAGAACGAAAUGGAGAAUGAGCGAUGGCACCUUGACAAGACCAUUGAGAAACUGCAGAAGGAGAUGGCUGACAUUGUCGAGGUGUCCCGCACAUCAACACUGGAGCUCCAGAACCAGCUGGAUGACUACAAGGAGAAGAACCGCCGGGAGCUUGCAGAAAUGCAGAGGCAGUUGAAGGAGAAAACCCUGGAGGCAGAAAAGUCCCGGCUGACUGCCACGAAAAUGCAGGAGGAGAUGCGCCUGAUGGAGGAAGAGUUACGGGACUACCAGAGAGCUCAGGAAGAAGCCCUCUCGAAGAGGCAGCUUCUGGAGCAGACGCUGAAGGACCUGGAGUAUGAGCUGGAGGCCAAGAGUCACCUCAAAGACGACCGCAGCAGACUUGUCAAGCAGAUGGAGGACAAGGUGAAUCAGCUGGAGAUUGAGCUGGAAGAAGAAAGAAAUAACUCGGACUUGCUGUCUGAGAGGAUCACUCGAAGCAGGGAACAGAUGGAGCAGAUGAGGAGCGAGCUACUUCAGGAGAGAGCUGCGAGACAAGACUUGGAGUGUGACAAGAUUUCCCUGGAGAGACAGAACAAGGACUUAAAGAGCCGGAUUAUCCACCUGGAAGGUUCCUACCGGUCCAGCAAAGAGGGGCUGGUGGCACAGAUGGAGGCCAGGAUCGCGGAGCUGGAGGACCGGCUGGAGAGCGAGGAGAGGGACCGGAGCAGCCUCCAGCUCAGCAACCGGCGGCUGGAGCGGAAGGUGAAGGAGCUGGUGAUGCAGGUGGACGACGAGCACCUGUCGUUGAUGGAUCAGAAGGACCAGCUGAGCUUGCGCUUGAAAGCAAUGAAGCGGCAGGUGGAGGAGGCAGAGGAGGAGAUCGACAGGCUGGAAAGCGCUAAAAAGAAGCUGCAGAGGGAGCUGGAGGAGCAGGUGGACGUGAAUGAGCAGCUGCAGGGACAGCUCAACUCCAUGAAGAAGAACCUCAGGCUGAAGCAGCUGCCUAGUAAAGUGCUGGAUGACAUGGACGAUGAUGACGACCUCAGCACCGAGGGGGGCAGCCUCUACGAGGUGCCGCUGAGCUACACCUUCCCCAAGGAUGCCACCAGCCAGCUCUGAGUCCCCUGCCGGGGCUGUGGAGGUGGCCUGCCAGGCCUGCCAUGCCUCCCAGGGACCCUCGGCCGCCCACAGCAGGAGGCGGGAAAGACGGCACCGUCGGAGCUGAGACACCGCGCUGCCUCGGCGCUUGACCAGCUGAGUCCUCCAGGCUCCGUGCCUCCUGGAGGCCGGGUGGGAGCCCUUUACCUUGGACAAGGAGCUACUGCAGUUUCGAUGUUGAGACGCCUGCGGCCUAGCAGCCACCUCCCACUGGGGUGUUUGGAAAAUACCAUUUGUCAGGCCGAAGUCCUCUCUGUACAGCCCUCUGCCAGGCCAUUUGCAUUGCUGCUCCUGCCCCCCCCCCCAGGAGAAAGGGUCCAAAAUGCUAGUUAUAGUUAAUGGCCACGGUGCGUGGUGGGAAGCCAUGGCCAGGCUGUGCGUAUUUCAAGCCAGACCUUCUCAUGACAUUUCGGAAUGUUACAGAGGCUUCCGGGGGGCUUGUUUGUCAAGUUCACAUGUCUGUAUUGAGUAUUAUUAUUUUUUAAAUGUGAAGCUACUAGAUUUCAAGUAUUGAGGAGAGAGAAAGAAGGUAGAGUAAAGACCACUUCGGACGUCAGAGUUGGAGAAGGAGAACUGUCAUGAUGACAAGGGACAGUUAACUCUGAGAAGGGAACCUCAGGUGGUCUUGGUGGACCACUUGCUGAUGGAAGAAGAGAGUUGGAGGCCACUUGGCCUCGGCUGUUUAUUGUAUCUAAAAUUCUGUUACAAUUUCUGAACCAUGCCGAGACCAGUUCCCAGUCACCAUUGCAGUUUCUUUUGCACAGGGGGUAGGGAGACGGGCAAGCAAGGUUUUUGACAAAUGAUGUGGUUUCUGGAAGGAUGGGGCCCUCCUGUCAUUUCUUAUUGGUCCUUUCUGCCCUCCGCCUCUAGCAGGGCUCUGAACUGGGCUCCUGGUCCUUGGAUGGGUGGUUGUUGGGUGGGGAAUAGCAGGCUAUGGGGACAGGGCUCAUGGGCUUAGGGGUGAGGAAGAGGCAGGUGGUGUCCAGUAAGGUCGCUGGUAAAGGGACAAGGCGGAGGGAUACGCAGGUGUGUGUGGGUCUGAGUGGGAAGGAGGAGAAGGGAAGCUGGGGGAUGUGCAGACAGCAGGUGGAUGGAGCAAGCGCUCAGGUUCAUGUCAAGGGAGGGAGGAAAGAAACGGAAGUCAGACAGGUGUAUCUGUGCAAACGGGAAGGCUCCUUCCCAGUUCCUGGGACGGGGACAUUGGCCAGCACCAGGCAGGGCGUGACGGGCACUGGUGAGGUCUGGGGCAAGGCCACAUUGCAGGGACAGACUUACAGGACGGUGGCAUUGGGAGGAUGCAGGGCGCCCCGGCCCUUCUCCUGGCCUUCCUGGUGUCUCCUCCCGCGGUGACCGUUGCCAGGCACACCAGAGGCCAGGUCCAGUCUGGGCUCCCGCAGGUCGGCCCGGGAGAGAACCCUGUGAGCUGUGAACAUGUCUGGGGCGGAGAUGACAGUGUUGCUCUUCCGGCAGCGUGCCCAGGCAUCCUCACAGAUGGGAGGCCUGUGGACUGAGCACUCCAUGCUAGUUGCCAUGGGGAGCAGGGAGUCUCGGUGCCCUCCCUACCCCAUGUCACAGAGCCCACAGAACAGGAUUCAGAGUGACCAGCCUGGUUUAAGGGCAGGUGUAAUCCCCACCCCCACCCACUCCCUCACACACAGGUGAGGCCUCUGGAGCAGGAGAACCAAACCCUCCACCUCUGAUUUGGGGUGUGGAGAGAGUCCUCCCUUUAGCCAUUCAUUCAUUUAGCAAAUAUUUAUUGGGCAUCCACAACGUGUUAGGCAUGGUCCUUGGCACUGGGAAUAUAACAGUGAGUAAAAUGGAUCAAAAGCACACCCCUUCUGGAGCACAGUCAGGGGAAAGGAGGUGAUAGACAAUAGUUACACAAACUGACACAGAGCAUGAGCCCUCCGUACCCAGCCCGGGAGCCCCUCUGUCCUCUUGGGGGUGGAACCAGCCUGCAGACGGUUGGCUGGCUCCCUAGAACUCCCAGGGUUUAUUUGACCCUCAGUAUGUUCUUGACUCCCCUGCUGCUUCCGCCGUCACGAGGUAUCGCCAGGAAGCCUACCUCGUGACUCCCCAGCCCACUCCUAACCCGGGCUGGGGUCAGAGAGCUCUGAGGCCCAAGAGCUUUGCGGGUGAGGAAGUGCCUGUCUUGCUUUGUGAGAAAGUCCCUGCCCCUCAUUUUGGCCAAUUCAUUCUGGUACCCCUGGGCUGGCUGCGAGGAGAGACCUGCCCAUGAAGAGAGCGGAGAUCACCACUCAGAAGACUUGCAGCCUGACCCUAAAAACGGGCCAUUUUGCAUGUUACGGGAGCUGGCGGUGAGCUGGGUGAGCGCAGCAUAGUUUUGGGGUGGGGAGAGUGCCAGACUGGGCGUUGAGAGGUGUUGUCAAGCCCCGGCUUACCUUACCCCGGUGAUCCCGCGGGGCACGCGCCCGCUGAGCCCGAUUCCCAGAGUAAACGGAGCCCAGGGCUCAAGGUUCUUUCCAGCCCUGACAUGCUCGUUCUUUGAUUUUAUUAUAUACACAUGGUUUUUUGUUUGUUGCUUUAAGA